AUGGAUCCUAAGGGGCUCUUCUCUUUGAACUUCCUGCUGUUUCUCUCCCUGGCUUUUGAGCUGAGCUGUGGAACAGGUGAGAGCUUGAUGAAUUGCCCAGAGAUCCCUGGGCGGUUGGGAAGCAGUUUACUGCUGUCCCUGGCAUCUGAAGGGAUAAGUAAGGGCAUGAACAAGAGCAUCCACAUCCUCGUCACCAGAGCAGAGUCACCGGGAAACAGUGUCAAGAAGAAGGUAGCGUCUCUGGACCUUCCAGAAGGGGGUUCUCCGCGCUAUCUGGAAAAUGGCUAUACAUUUCAUCUGGAAAACCUGAGCCUGGGGAUCCUGGAAAGCAGAAAGGAAAAUGAGGGCUGGUACUUCAUGACCCUGGAGGAGAACUUUUCAGUUCGACACUUUUGUCUGCAGCUGAAGCUCUAUGAGCAGGUCUCCACUCCGGAAAUUAAGGUGUUGAACUGGACCCAGGAGAAUGGGAACUGCAGCUUGACCCUGGCCUGCGAAGUGGAGAAGGGGGACUAUGUGGUUUACAGCUGGAGUGAGGAAAUGGCUACCGACCCACUGAUACCAGCCAACGGUUCUCACCUCCUGCACCUUAGCCUCGGCCCUCAGAAUAUCAACAAUGUCUACUUCUGCACCGCGAGCAACCCCAUCAGCAGCCGCUCACAGACCUUCACCCCGCAGUCCAAGUGCAGGCCAGAAUCUUUAGAAUCAACACAAUGGGGACUGUAUGCUGGGCUGUUCUUAGGGGGCAUCGUUGGUGUCAUCUUGAUUCUCGAAGUGGUAAUACUGCUGUUGAGAAGAAGAGGUAAAGCAAAUCAUUACCAGCCAACAAUGGAAGCAAAAAGCCUUACUAUUUAUGCCCAAGUCCAGAAAUCAGGUUCUGUUCAGAAGAAACCUGAUCCCCUGCCAGCUCAGGACCCCUGCACCACCAUUUACGUUGCUGCCACAGAACCCGUCCCAGAGCCUGUCCAGGAACCAAAUUCCAUCACAGUCUAUGCCAGUGUGACACUUCCAGAGAGCUGA